CCCGCCAAUCGCAGUCGCGGCGGUUGACGCGGUGUGGGCGGAUCCUUGCUUGCAGAAGGCUUGGGGAUAGCUCUGGACUCCCACUUCGCAGACGCACCAGGAGAAGGAAGUGCUGGAGUUUCCUCGAGUCAGGAAUGCCUCUCUUUGGGAGUAUAUUCAGUCCAAAGAAGACCCCUCCUCGGAAGUCUGCCUCUCUCUCCAAUCUGCAUUCUUUAGAUCGGUCAACGCGGGAAUUGGAGCUGGGCCUUGACUAUGGAACUCCCACCAUGAACCUAGCAGGGCAAAACUUGAAGUUUGAAAAUGGCCAGUGGGUAGCAGACACAGUGAUUAGUGGGGGCGUGGAUCGGAGGGAGACUCAGCGCCUGCGCAAACGGAACCAGCAGUUGGAAGAAGAGAAUAAUCUUUUGCGGCUCAAAGUGGACAUCCUGCUGGACAUGCUUUCAGAGACCACUGCUGAGUCCCACUUAAAGGAUAAAGAACUGGAUGAGCUGAAGAUUAUCAACCGCAGGAGGAAGUGACGCGCCUGUGAACACUCCCUAGGGUAUCAGAGAGAGUUCCACUGACCCACUGACAGGGAGGAGGAGAUGGCAGAGCCCUUUGAUUUUUAGUCAGAUUCAUAGACUUGCUCUAGGAGAGAGCAUUCACAGACCCUAGCUCCCUUGGACUUGGGGAUAGGGAGGUAGCAUGGGAUGAAAGAAACCGAGGUUCCAAGCCAGGGCCUUAGCUUGGGAGGCACCACAGACACACCACCCAGGGUGUCAAUCUACAACAAACCCCAGGAAGGUCUAGAAAAUAGCCUUUGGUUGCUCUUUGCAGGUGACAGCAUACAACUAUCCAUGUCUCAGAGUCACUGUGUUCAGAUAAUUGGCAGUUGACCUCUUAACACUGGUGUCUGGGGUUUGGCGCUGGUUCCAGAAAGUGCUUCGUGUGAGGGUGCACAGUAGGUGUCUCUGGGCUCUCUGCUCCCUCCUGUCAUGUUCUGUCUGCCUUUGAAGAAUCCUUAUCCCCAAGUCCACAGCCUCUUCUGGCAUCCGCUUCCCAGAAGCAAGCUCCCGCCUUCUGCAGCACGUUGUAAUUUACUUUUGCUUUCCUGUUUUGAUUAUUUUUUAUUUUUUAUUAAAUGGUGUUCAAUAAUC